AGCUUGCAUAUGAGAAAUGGCUUCUGCAGAUCAAUGAGAAGCUGCUGCUAGUGAAUUUAUACUCUAUGCUUCAAAUACCAGGUGAACCUGGCAUUUACAGAAAUCUAUUGAUUUACUACCUAUUGGUUGGAUCAUAUGUGUGUUGAUUUACUGAGGUCUUUAGUUCAAGUCGAAGACCUGACUACUUCUUGCUUUUAAUAAUCAUGGUGUUCGAAUCAGUUUACUCGUAUUUGAUUCAACUACCAAUCCAAUGGACUAUUUGUUGUACAAAUUAUAUUAAUGACACGUGGACAACGAAACAGAGCAACAAACAAGUUUGUCAUACCUAUAAAACAAACAUCUGUCAACCUCAUAUCUUACCAUAUAUUGCAUUCACCCUUAUAAAAAAAACGGUGAGCUUUGGAACAACCAAAAACAUCAAUGUUCACAGAAAUGUCAAUAGCUUCAACAAGAAGUAUUUUUUGCCUCUUUCUCUUCUUUUUUGCCGCUGCAGUUUCAAGAAAUGAGAAGCUAUCAGCUUAUGAAGAGCUACAGCGUUAUGAUUUCCCAAUGGGGAUUCUUCCAAAAGGAGUAAAAGACUACAAAUUAAACCCCAAAACAGGUGAAUUCUCAGCUUAUCUUAAUUCUACCUGCAGCUUCAAAUUGGAGAACUCAUAUCAACUGAAUUACAAGCCUGUUAUAAAAGGAGUUAUAUCUAAAGGCAGGCUUAAGAAACUGAGUGGUGUUAGUGUAAAGGUGGUGUUGCUAUGGCUUAACAUUGUUGAAGUUAACAGAAAAGGUAAGAAUCUUGAGUUUUCAGUUGGACUCGCUUCGGCGAAUUUUCCGGUUGAGAAUUUUGAGGAAUGUCCACAGUGUGGACGUGGAUUGAAUUGCCUUGAUAAAGAUGACAAUGUUGUGUCUUCCUUUUAAGUACUUUUGAUUGAAAUCUAGUUAUUUUUUUUGGUUUUCUGGUGGUGGAAAUGAUCUGUUUUUUGAAUAGCUAUGGUAUUUAGGGCCAUAUAAUCACGAAAUAUAUAUCUUAUGCAACGAAGAUUUUGGAUUUGAA